UAAUGGCUGUCUGACAGUUUUCUUUCUUGCCAUCAAAUCGAGUGAUAAACGAACUAUCCUUUUCCUAACUUAUAUUUCAUUCUAGUGUUAACUAAGUUAUAGUGAAGUAUAAUUCUAUUUAAAUAUUGUUUUCAUAUUAUGAAUAUAUCGGCGUCCUACUCCUCAGAACCUUCAUGGAGCAGGCGGUGUUCAACAGAAACAAUCUUCAGCAUACAAGGAAAAGAAACAGAUUUUGUCCGAGACACGAGCGACACAGACUUCGUCAGCGACGGUGAAUAUGAACCCAUCACAGACACGGAGGACGACGGGUUGAACUCUGGAAACUCUUCUUGCCAGAGUGAUGAUGACAUCAUAACGACUAAGGUGCUAGAGGUGUCGGUUGGUGACGAUGGGGAAUUGCAGUUGGCUGACUCUGAGCAGACGUUAACGGACGACGAUGAUUCGGAGAUAGAUCUACACGACUACUGGCUGUGUGCGCAGUGCCAAACUAAAAACAAUAACCCCCGAUAUCGAUACUGCGAGAAAUGCUUUAAGGUACGUAGAGAUUUCUUCCCGCCGAGACCGAAGCAAAAGCAUCGUCGUAAGAAUCGCUUAGAGACUGAUAUUCUGCGUCCGCAAUCCUCAAACUCAGAUAUAAACGCGAAAAACCUUCCGGAUUCACAGGCCAAAAGCCUUACACUUUCGAAAGUAGAUCCGACAAAUGUUCCGGAACCUUUUCCAAGUAGUUUACAAGAUUCAGGCGUCGAAUCGGCUAUCAACAGCCAAGAUUUGAGCCAAGACGUCCAAAUUGAUAAUUUUAAUGCAAUACUAGAUAGGAAUUUAAAACGACGCGCGGCAUCGGCCGAUCGUAACAUUAAAAGGUUUAAAGAUAGUAGAGGUUUCGGAUCGCUUGUUGAUGAUGAUGACGUCAAGCCACUUAAUAAAACAACUAGUGAUCCCGAAGUAAAAAUAGACAGCAUGAACGCCCCACAAGAACUUCGUCCCUCGACGAAUAUGGCUGUUGCUAGUAGUGAUAUAAAUGAUAUGUGUAUAACUUGCUAUUCGGCCCCAAAAUCCGGGGUGUUUGUUCACGGCCGGAUAGCGCAUAUAUGCUGUUGUUUCAAAUGCGCGGUCAAGGUAUGGAACAACGCCAAACGGUGUCCGGUUUGCAAUUGUAAAGUCAGUAAUGUUUUAAAGGCUGUGGUUAUGUAACGAAAGCUAGGAAAGGCUUCCCGUUUUGGUCAGUCCUGGUUCAAACUACAUCUUUAGGAAAUCAUUAAAAAAAACCCAUUUGCCUGAUUCAAAAAGUGGUGUUUAACUAUAGUACAUAAGUUUUAUUUCUAUUCAUAGCUUUUCAUGUCAUUUAUUGUGGAAACCAUCAAUCACAGGUCAUUUGACAUUCCUGCGCCAAUUAAAGGAAACGUUAGUUGACCACGUCUAUGAUUCACUUUUUUGACCCAUAAUCAGUCAUUUGUCACUGACAUCUGACAAUUUACUUUUAAGUAAGUAGAGAAGCAAAUUUUUAGUUUGCACUAAUUACGAACAAAGAUCAUUUUUUUAUCGGCAGUGAAAAUAACCUUUCUUAAUGAUUAUCGAGAUGAAGCCUCUGAUCAUAUAUAAAUACAAAAAUGUACUUGCGAGAAUAGAUUAAUACCAAUCUGAAAGUUGAUAGGCCAGUCAAAAUGUUUUCAUAGGUAACUGCACUAUUUACGACGAAGUUAGGAGACAGACAAAACAGGAGCAUUGCAUAUACUAAUUCAAGUCACCGUUAAUCCUGCCUGGUAAACAGUAAAUGCAUUUAACAAAACCAUGUGCUUUGGUUAUUCCAUCAGAACUUCCACUGUAGUAUAAUACAUGUGUUUUCAUUAUGGCUAGGUCGACUACCGUCAAUAAUGGUAACUUUGCCCGCUUUUUAUUCUUGAGUUUUUAUAAAAUUGCCCGUUUACCAUUUUAAUUAAUAAAUUCCAAGGAAACUGUUUUCAAGAACUACAAUUGAAAAUCGUAUAACUUGAUAAUGCUUAUAUAUUUUCUGAAUUGGCUUAAACCAAAGUGGGCAAUGUUAUAGAACUAAUAAAAAAGCUUAUAUCAUCUCAGAAAACCUGAAAAUUUUGUUUAAUACAAUCAAAAAAAGAAGCUUAUAAGUUUAAAAUAAUACUGUCACUUACAAAUCUUUAGAAAAUAUCUUAUACUUAAUUAUUUAAUAACAUCAACUUAUUAUAUUAAGUGGACUGACAUAUAGAUGGCGCUACUAGUGUUGAAUAAAUAUAUACCUUCAAAAUACAUAUCCUAAUCAACUACAGUUUUUGGUAUCCAAAAUAAUUUUGUGGAUUUUUUAUGUUUUCGUCUGCAACAGCCUAUGGGCUCCACUGCGUGCUCAGUGCUCAUUUUGCUUUAUUUAAACUUAGCAAACCACCAACGGUUGAUUAUCCUGGAGCAGAGUCCAAAUAAUAUUUAUCACUCCCGCCUUUGCCUCGUUUGUAUUCUUUUCGCCAUAAUGCAAUGCUUUAUUAACACAAAAUAAUCCCUGACACAAAAUACACUCACAAUUCAAUUCAGCAAUUGAUACGCCUGUCUUUGAAAGAUUUGGGCUUACUGAAACUUGUAUUAAUUUAACACUAGUAUAUUUAAUAAAUAAUAUGAUUAUGGAAUAUAAGAUAGACGGGUAUCACUUAUUCCACGUCAUUUAAUUUGAACUUGUAGGCAUCCCUACUCAUCGGCAAAGAAGGCAGAGGACGAGAGAAAAAGCUGGCGUCAAUAACUCUCGGUGGUCUUUUAAAAAAGCAAAUCAUUAAAAAACACUUAAUUUAAAACUAAUAUAGCAAAUUAAUAAGAAGUAGCCUGUCUAGAACUAGUCCCAGGCCCUUUAAAUCCCUUUUAAUCUAUGUGUCAGCCCACCGAAUAUAAUAAAUUGAUGUUAUUAUUAAAGUAUAAGAUAUUUUCUAAAGAAUUGGUAUUGGCACAGUAUUAUUUUAAGCGAUAGAACUAGAAUUGUCACUACUGUAUGUUGAAACAAUUCACAAGAUGAAUUAUUUCAAGUACUAUUGGAACAUGUGAAGAUAGUUUCUUUAAUUUUUGUAAUUUUCGUGUAAGUUAUUUUGUAUGGAUAAAUUUGCUAUUCAAACUGCUUCAUUUCUCUUAGUUGCAAAUUUAGCUAAAAUCCAAUCAUAUUUUGUAAACGUCUAUAUAAUAUUUUAUUUCGCUACACCCAAAUAGAGUAACAUCUAUCUCUGGUUAUAUUUUCAUAAUCACUUAGUUCAUUUAUAGCUGCUGUUGUGUAAUCAUUAUAUGCAUCACAUUUUAAAGAGCAAAGCUGUCACGAUUGACGUAUUUUCAAGAACCUAUGAAAUUUAUUAAGAAUCUUACAAUUUUAUUCAUUUGCCUGUCUCGAUGUCUGUAAAUGUACUUUUGUGAGGGAAUGUGGGUGUAUUUUAUAAAAUUGCACUUGAACUAAAUCGCAGAGGUUUCAUCACGUUUUCAUAAUUAACUUUUUACUAAAAAUAGUUUUCUUUUUCCAAAUUGCAACAAUCGGUUUUAUAAAUAAUACUUGUUUAUAGGUAAUUAUUAUAACUUAUUUGUAACCACCGAAAAAGAGAGAUAUAUUUUAUUUUAAUAGUACUUAGAAUAGUAUAAUAAAUACACACGGCUUUUUGGGUUAGGGGAUUGAACAUGUUUCAAUACGGUCACUUGACCAAAUUCCCAUGCAAAUUCGCACCCAUACAAAGUAGACAUGUAUUCGUAUAUUGUAUAUAUAUGUAUAUAUUAUGUACAGUGGUCAUUUACGUAGGCCAAAAUAAAUAAUUAUAAUUAAAAAUGUAUACUUAAUAUAUACAUUGAUUUCUUUACGAAAUGUAGGAUAAUGUAGACUUGCAAAUAUAUUCCAAUCAUAGACAAAAGAAUUCUAUAAGUUUACGUCAAUUGCCAUUCAUAUAUAUUCCUUACAUUUUUAAUAACACUAAAUCAGCCAAGCGGUGAUUUUCUGAGGAAAUUAUGCAAAUGAUUUAACUGUCAAUAGAAAAUAUUCUUGGUCUUAUUAUAUUAAUUACGCUUCUAUAAUUAAUUCGACUUUCCUAAUAAUAAAAAACCCACCUACUUCCUACCGAAAAGAGGAUCUAAUAUUGUUAUAAUUUCUAUUUCUAUAAAAAUUAUAUUUAUAAUAUAUGUAUAUUAUUAAUUUUACGGGAACAGGUCACGUGUGAAAUGUAAAGUAGUUUUUACGUUUGUACUUGUAAUUAAGUAAGCAUUAAAAAAAGGAUAUAGUAAAAAAAAUAUUAAUAAAUAAUUUUAUUUCAGGCA